CAGGUUGGUUAUUGAUUCUGUUCAUAUUUGAGGUGAUCAUGAAAAUAUUUUAUCCAAUAAAUUUCUUGCAUUAAUUAUACGGACUCACAUUUCGUCCUUCUUUUUUAUAGAUGAUAAUGACAACACUGUUUAUUGCUGUAUAGGUGAUAAGAUGCGUUAUGUUACCUAUCGGGUAGAUAAGGGGAGAAACUCGCAUAUCUAACUUGUCUUAUCAACGGUAAGUAAAGGGUACUGUCCCUUGAUGAAAGAAGACUUUAGUUUGACAUGAGACGUUUAAAUCAUCUUUAACUGUAUUCUUUCCAUUAAGCUGCAAAACGAUUUAUUGAAACAUCUCACGCAGAAAUUUUACGAAAGACAUUUAUGGACAGAUCCCUUAUAUUUUUGUCAUAUUUGCCUGUUAUGUUGUGCUGGAGCAAGUUACAGUUAACCUUGACAUAAGAUUAUUUUCAUUUGCUGUAUUAGAUGUCUUCCAUUUCAGAUUUACCGAUCAGGUGGGGCAGAGGAUGUGGCUUGGGUUUGCUGGCAUAUUGGCUGCUGGCUUAGCAAUUGUCGCAAGCUUUGGGUUUUGUGCUGCGAUCGGUGUCGAUUUCGUUAGCAUUGUCGGCGUUGUGCCAUUUCUUAUCAUUGGUAUCGGUAUUGACGACAUGUUUAUCCUGCUGUCCGGUUUAUCAGAAGCGCAAAAACAAGCUACUGCCGAGGAUAAAAUGGCGGAAACCUUACGUAUUUCCGGUGUAGGAAUCACAAUUACCUCCCUUACGGACUUGAUCGCUUUUAUGGCUGGAGCUGGUUCCAGUUUUAUUGCUGUUAGGAACUUCUGUAUUUAUACUGGUGUGGCGGUCUUGUUUUGUUACAUCAACAACGUUACAUUUUUUGCUGCCUGCCUGGCUAUCAACGAACAGCGAGUUGAAGAAAACCGUCACUUCAUGACUUGCAGACGAAUAAAAUCAAAAGAAGAACUGCGACAGGAGGGAAAAUCAAAACAAUAUGUCGUCUGCUGUGGUGGGCAUGCUCCUAAGAGUAGACACGAAGCAGAGAGCUUGGUUGACAGAUUACCACGAUGGCUGAUUCCAAAAAUAGUCUUGAAGCUGCCACUGAAAAUUCUUAUUAUAUUUCUUUUCAUGGGAUAUUUGGCAGCAGCCAUAUAUGGAUGUGUUAAUCUUAAACAGGGUUUAUUAUUUACACAAUUGGUAUCUGAUGACUCCUACUUUUGGAAAUAUUCAGAUUGGUCUGAAAAGUAUUUCAAACGGCAGACCGCAGUGUCGUUUGUUAUUCCAAGUACUUACGAUUAUUCAAGCACAUCAACACAAACAGUGGUGCAGAAUUUAAUUUCCAGUGCGCAGUCAGAUACAUACUUUGACAGUAGUUGGGAGGUAAGCUGGUUAAAGACAUAUAGUGCAUCUAGUUACUAUGACGACUCAACAGAGUCUGCUUUUGUUACUGGUCUCUCUACUUUUGUGGCUGAUCAACAGUACGCCAUGUUCGAAAAUGACGUCAUCAUUGAUUCUACCAAUCAAAAGAUAACAGCAUCACGUGUCUACGUUCUUUCCGCCGAUCUUGCUGACAGCCAGGAAGAGGGCAAAAUGAUGUUAAAGUCACGCGAUAUUGCUAGUGCUGCUGCCAUUGACUGUUUUGCCUUUUCAUCAGCGUUUGUAGCUUUUGAACAGUUCGUGCUUAUAUUAGGACAGACGCUUCAGUCAGUUGGCAUCGCCUUGGCCGCCGUGUUUGUGGUCACGUGCAUAUUCAUGCCGCACCCAAUACUUAUACUAUUUGUUACCAUCGCUGUAACAAUGAUUAUGAUUGGUGUGUUUGGCUAUAUUCUAUAUAUAGACGUUGCUCUCAGUGCCAUAACGAUGAUUCAUCUAAUUAUGAGUAUAGGCUUUUCCGUUGAUUUCACUGCCCAUAUAUGUCACGGAUAUAUGAUUUCGGAGGGGGAAACUAGGGCUGUUAGGGUAAAACAAGCUAUAGAAAAGACCGGGGCUCCAAUUUUUCACGGUGCAGUGUCAUCCCUUCUCGGCGUAUUAAUACUUUUCGGAGCUAAGUCUUAUAUUUUCAGAACUUUUGCAUCAGUUAUGUCUUUUGUUUUAUUAUUUGGUAUUGCGCAUGCGCUACUUUUACUUCCGGUUAUUUUGUCAUGGAUUGGGCCAAGCAGGGUGAUUGCAGUUGGCGAAGAGUUGAGUAAAGACAAAACUGAAAACGUUGCAGAUAACAAAAUGGAAGAAAAACAAAAACAAGAUUUACAUUCAAAUGGUAUCGAAAAUCUGCUGUUGAUGACGAUUCUAAGAAAUCCUAAAUCAUUUUUUUUUUCAUAUAUUGAAACUGAACCAUUUUUAUGUGCGUUAAUCUUUGUAUAUGGGUGUCAGAUGGAGGAUGCAUGUUCCAGCCGGUUACUGACACGAUUUUAUACGCAAGGGUUUUUAAUUGUGUGUUACUUAUUGUGA